ACGCGGGCCGAGCCGGAAGUGGAGUGCGCUGCGGCGCGAGCUGGGCCGGCGGGCGUGGUUCGACAGCGCGCAGAGUCCAGACGGGCGGCAGGGCCCGAGGGGCCGACCCGCAGCGUCCCUGGUCUCUCCAGCCCUCACUGGGAACCGCACGUGAGGGCAAAUCCGCCCCGGUGGCUGGCUUAGCACGCGGGGACAGCCCCUCCGAGGCCUCCCUAGCGGUGUGGGUGAGAGGGCGUCCGGGUCAGGGGAAGCACGGAAAGGUGGCUUCGCGAGGCUGUUGUGGGGGGCGGGACGGGCAGCCUGGCGAUGCCUGGACAUGGUUGGUGGCCAAAAACAUUUAUCGAAAGAUAGCUUACCCACUUAGAUGGCGAGGAUACCGACAAGCAAGUCUUCGCCCGUAAGCAGUGGCUCACGCCUAUAGUGCAGGGAUGCCAAGGAGGGAGGAUCGCUUGAGUCCAGGAGUUGGAGGCUGCAGUGAGCCGUGAUCGCGCCACUGCACUCCAGCCUGGGCGACAGAAUGAGACCCUAUCUCUAAACAAAAGAAAGAACGUCUUCAAGCAUGGAGCCAUGAAGCUGGAUUUGGCUUUCUGUCGCUCUCUCUACAGGGUACAGGUGAAAGGGAGCAGACCCCUCAUCAUGCUUUCCAGGCAUCUGCCACUUCCCAGGAAUUGUCUCCCUGAAUAAACAAGGCGAAGUCCCUGGCUGUGCAGAAGCAGUAGCUGUGUGGUGGCACAGUCAGGAAAACUCGGGGGCCCUGUUGGUAUUUUCUACCCCUGACCCGUGUGCAUACUUCUGUCGUAGCUCUCACCACAGUAGACUCUGCUAUCAUUUUGUCUUCCAUCCUCUGAACCCUGUGCAAGAUCUGCUCAUGGUGAAUGCCCAGUAAGGCUCACCUAUUGCUGCUAUCUCGUCAUCAUAUCAUUUCUAUGUGCCCCCCUAGCUAAGAGUCUGGACUGUGGUUACAUUCUCAGGAAUGUUUACAAAGUCAUAUUUAGGUGUGAGGAGAGUAAAACAGAGCUAGACAUAAUGCUGCACACAGCCUUUGGCACUGGAUGCCUGGCGAAUGUCUUGUGCAAAUGGGUAACGUGAGGAGCAGCAUUUGGGGUGCGCAGGACUUAACUAUUUGUGUAUAACAUAUUAUUGAUGCCUGUGUGUCAUACUCUGCUACUCCAAGGCUAGUAGUCAAUUGCAUACCAUAUCUCAGUCUGGCACUGAGGGAAGCAGUCUGGAUGGAGGUACAGCUGGAGAUUUGGUUGAGGGGACUUAUCUCUGACAACAGCCUCUUGUUGAUCUUCCCAGACAGUGACAAUACCCUCCCCUCCCUUGGGCUGGACCCCUCUCUACAGCUAGGAGCCAAUGGCAGAAGACAAAACCAAACCGAGUGAGUUGGACCAAGGGAAGUAUGAUGCUGAUGACAACGUGAAGAUCAUCUGCCUGGGAGACAGCGCAGUGGGCAAAUCCAAACUCAUGGAGAGAUUUCUCAUGGAUGGCUUUCAGCCACAGCAGCUGUCCACGUAUGCCCUGACCCUGUACAAGCACACAGCCAUGGUAGACGGCAAGACCAUCCUUGUGGACCCUCUUCUGAAGGCCUGGGGUGUCUCUCCUGCCACCAUGCCUGUGUCUGCAGGUGCCUGCCACCAGCCCCAGUCUGCUGCACGGGCCCUGGUGUUUGAUGUACAGAGGAAAGUCACCUAUAGGAACCUGAGCACCUGGUAUACAGAGCUUCGGGAGUUCAGGCCAGAGAUCCCAUGCAUCGUGGUGGCCAAUAAAAUUGAUGCAGACAUAAACGUGACCCAAAAAAGCUUCAGUUUUGCCAAGAAGUUCUCCCUGCCCCUGUUUUUCGUCUCGGCUGCUGAUGGUACCAAUGUUGUGAAGCUCUUCAAUGAUGCAAUUCGAUUAGCUGUGUCUUACAAACAGAACUCCCAGGACUUCAUGGAUGAGAUUUUUCAGGAGCUCGAGAACUUCAACUUGGAGCAGGAAGAGGAGGACGUGCCAGACCAGGAACAGAGCAGCAGCAUCGAGACCCCAUCAGAGGAGGCGGCCUCUCCCCACAGCUGAGGGGCUGGGGCUAGGGGUGGGUGGAGCCCUUUUAAAAUACCCUUCCCUUCAACAGCUCUCCAGCUCUGAAUGGAGAAACUCUCUAGGCCAUCCCCUCUUCUACCUCCUGCAACCCACCCGUCCUAUUAGCCUCCCACAUUCAACGCUCGUGAUACAGGGAUGAGGUCAGCACCAGCAAACUCUGGACUGGUGGAAGAAUUCCCCACCAGAUCUCCUUGAAGCAGAAUUAGGGAUCAGCAUCAUUAACACCUUCCCCACCCCCUCCCCCCAGGCAGACAGUGAAGAGAAUCAGAAAACAUGAUUAUGUGUCACUUUAAUACAGGAAAUUUAGGUGUUUUUUGGUGUUUUUGUUUUUGUUUUUGUUUUCUUUCCAAAGCUCACCUCGGGGACAAUUCCCUGUGCUUCUGCUGAGGUAAUGAUUACCCCCCCACCCACAGCUGAGUCUGUGAGGCCCCAUCCUUUCCCUACGUUUUCUCCCAUCUUUUUUCCUCUUCAGUCUCCCAAUCAUCUGGUUUGUUUGUUUCUUUGUUCGUUCUGAGAUGGAGUCUCGCUCUGUCGCCAGGCUGGAGUGCAGUGGCGCAGUCUCGGCUCGCUGCAACCUCUGACUCCCUGGUUUAAACGAUUCUCCUGCCUCAGCCUCCCGAGUGGCUGGCAUCACCACGCUCAGCUAAUUUUUGUAUUUUUAGUAGAGACGGGGUUUCACCAUGUUGCCCAGGAUGGUCUCGAUCUCCUCACCUCGUGAUCCGCCCGCCUCGGCCUCCCAAAGUGCUGGGAUUUACAGGUAUGAGCCACCGCGCCCGGCCCCAAUCAUCUGUUUUUAAACAAACUUUUUGAGCAGAUAGCUAUUCCUUCCAGAUUUCUGUGUACCGACUCUGUUUCAGGAGCUCUUCUAGGUAAAGCUGAGAUCACAGGAACAGCAGGUGACAGGCCUAGCUAUAGUUAGGAAUACACAAGCGGUAAAAUCGAGUCCUUACAGCCAUACCACAAGGUACAUCCAUUUGGACUACAAGAAGAGCUUCCUUUAAAGUUCCUAUUUCAGCAUAAGGAGGCUGUCCUUUUUUUUGAGGAAUAGUUUGGACCUUGUGCCUCCUGUGGGAGGCUGAGGACUGCAAGAGGAGAGCUAGCAGAUAUGCCUGUUCACCCCUCUCUGGUACUUGUGGCUUGCUAGUAUGUUUUUAUGAUAAUCUCGGGCAUUGUUUGCAUUGUGUUUAUUAAUAGGGUUUUGUUUUUAUUGUUUCCUUUUUUACAGUAAAGGCUGAAUUACAUAAA